AUGGAGUCAUUGGAAUCCAUUGAUUUCUCUGGCAACCAACUCACAGGGGAGAUCCCUCAAAGCAUCACAAACUUGAACUUCCUGAACAAGCUAGACUUGUCCUACAAUCACUUGGAGGGCAAAAUCCCAACGGGCACUCAGUUGCAAAGCUUUGAAGCAUCCGAUUUCGUCGGCAACAAGCUAUGUAGUCCACCAUUGCUGCUCAACUGUACCAUGGACGGGGAAGUUCCUGAUGAUGAUGCUAAUGACAAUGAAAAAGAGAGAAAGAAUCAUGGAGUGAAGUGGCUGUUUGUGAGUGUGGCUUUUCGAUUUAUAGUGGGAUUUUGGGGAUUUGUGGGUCCACUGUUCAUAUGCAAAUCAUGGAUGUAUGCCUAUUACCAUUUCCUUGACGAUGUGUGGUACAAACUUCAAUCAUCAAUAACUGUUGGCAAUCUGGUGGCUAAGACUUCAAGUGAAUACAAGUCAUAA